CGGCACGGCACAUCCCCCACUCUUUGACCUCCUCUCGCCAACAACACACCCGAUGCUGCCCGUUCUCGCCGUUCGGCCACCAGCGGCCGUCCUCCGGGCCUUYCUGCCGCGCCAGAAGGGGAACCACCUCCGGCUCUCGUCGGCCCUUGCCGUCUCGCCGCGUCCGGGAGCACCGGCCCCUGGCUCGGACCCCWUGCGUGCCGGUCUCUGGGCGGACGCACCGCCUCGCCAUCCGCAAACGGCGGACCCCCGCCAGCAACACCAAAGGCGAGAAAAAGGGCCACGGCCACAGCGGCCGUGGAAGGGCAGGUUCUGUUGCAGGUUCUUUUCCACCGCGUCCGGCGGCGGCAGCGACUCUCCAUCCGGGGACCCUUGCGCACAAGAGCCCACCGACUUUUUCGAGCUCUUUGGCCUCCCGCGGAGGUUCGGCAUCCCGCUGCGGGACCUCARGCGGACCUACCUCGGGCUCAUGAACGAGCACCACCCCGACAAGCGGGUCCAGMGCGGGGGAAAGCCCGGAGAAGGGGCCAUCGCCGCCGAGACCAUCACCCACGCCUACCAGACGCUGAGGGACCCCCACGCGCGGGCCUGCCACUGGCUCGAGCUCCACGGGUGUCCCCUCGGAGAAGAAAGAGAAAGCGGCUCCCCGACCGACCUGGUGGGGACGGACUUUUUGCUCGGCGUCAUGGAGCGGAGGGAGGCCAUCGAGGACCACGAAGGGGACGCGGAAGCCCUGGGGGCCCUGGCCGGCGAGGUCGAGGGCCUCCGGGCCUCCUGCGAGGCCGCCCUGGAGGACCUGAUGGACGAGGGCGARGGUCGAGGAAGCAGCGAACACCAARGCGAACACCAAAGCGAAAGCGUCCUKGAGCGGGCCCGCAGGCUCACCGCGCAGCUGCAGUACUGGAACCGGCUGGAAGAAGCCCUGGAGGAGGCGGCGGAGCCGUGAGCGGAAGGGGGAUCGGUCCGUACAGCACCGCGGUGUCCUUCUUCCCAAGGGUGCCGAUCGGCCGGCAAGGUGCCGAUUCUUUCUCGGCGAAAGCACGGCCGAAACGMCCGAACACCGAGUGCCGUUCGUCCGGCCGUGCCGUGCCGUUCUCGGCGGACCGGAGGACGCUGCCGGACGCUCUCGCCCGCAGAGAAUGAGAGAGAGAGAUGGCCUCGAACCAGACGGCCGAUGGAUCUGGAUCCGAUUCUGGUCGGCGUCGGCGUCGGAUCAAUCGAUCAAUUGCUUUCUUCGAUCGUCGAAACACAACCCAACACAUUGCGGGGUUCUUUUGUUUUCCGYGAAACCCACGCUAGCGUUGGAGUUGAUACACCCUCGACGGACGUUUUCUUGUCAAAGAACCGUUGCAGGUAUCAUCUUUGAGGACAGACGCUUGGCACAGUCGGGAAAUACUGCACAAAAUAAGAGUGAUUAAAGGAACAGCAGGAUGUGUACGUAGAUUCCAUUUCUAUUAUUAUUUCCACUCUAUYUACAUGGAUGGUGGCUUGAAUUAAAUCUACAAACAUAUA